ACUGGCGGUAGUAGUAGUUGCAUAACGUGGCUGUUAGCUGCACCGAAGUUUGACCGCCGCGUUAAGGUUGGACAUAUAUCUCGGUACGCGGUUUGGACAUUGUAAUCUUGGAGCCAGACUACUCACCUGAUUAUAGACAAAAAUGGCAGCUGCGCCGAGCGUGCCGAGUAAUGCGGAUAUUGAACAAACGCUUCUGAGCUUUGAGAGGUUGGAUAGAGCUUCACCAGAACUAUGGCCAGAGCAGAUUCCUGGUGUAUCAGAUUUUGCUCCUAUGAAAAGCCCACUGGGCAAUGCACAAGAAGCAGAAUCACAACCUUGGGAAGCAGACUUGGAGCAGAAUGACAUCAAUAUGCUGAAUGAGCUAGGUAGCCUGACAACAGCCAACCUGAUGGAGAAGGUCAAAGGAUUACAGAACUUAGCAUACCAGCUUGGUUUGGAAGAAUCUCGUGAGAUGACUAGGGGGAAGUUUCUCAACAUCCUUGUGAACGGAACAAAACGGAAGUGACCCUAAACUGGACCUCUAAACCUCACAAGUCUUCCUCAAGGGUGCAGUUCUUUAUUUGUUCAUGCAUGUAUAAUUUUGUCAUGUUUUAUGUGUUCUAUGAACAAGGUGCCAGCUGUCAUUGUAGCCAGCACAAGUAUAUUCUCUCAAAAGGGUUUUUCAUCCUUUUAACCCUCCUAUGGUUUUACAGCACAAAUGUGCACAAAUGCCCACAGUCACUGGUGAGCAUGUAGUUUCUAUAUGGAACUCAAACAUAAACAGGUUCAGUGUGCACACAGUAGAUUGCCAGCACAAAAUGACCCAGGGUCUUUUGUGCAGUCCUCUUCACUGCAUUUGGUUUACUGCACAGUU